AUGCGCGAGCUCUGCCUUGUGCUAGCUUCUUGCGGCACCUUGUUCGUAGGACGUGCUAAAGCGUUGGUCGACGGAAACGAAGCAAAUGUUGCUACCACAUCGAGAUCUCCGCCACACCGGAGCGAGAUCAUGCCUAAGCAACACAGACUUCUGCAGCCGUAUGGCUCAGCAGUGGACACGACCACGUCAGUUGCUCAACGACUUUUGAAGUCGGGUGGACCAGUCACGGAAAACACCAAGUUCGAACUCAUUAGAAAGGAGGAGCGGGUUCUAGACAUUGCUGAAGUGAAGAUUGCAGCGGAUGAGAUUGCAAAAGUCUUGAGUGUAACGGGGCACCCUGAAGCUUGUACUGGUGACAAGGAAGACGGUAAGAAGAAGCGAGUACUCGGUUAG